GCUCAUAGGAACUGAUAAGAUACGGAUUCCGCACCAGUCCAGACCUGUAUGACCGUCGCACCAGGAGGAGUGAGGAUCACACUUAACUCUGAGCGCGGAGAGGUUGGACGGAAUCCAGCGGGCCUAUAGUCGUUUUCUGUAACCCAGACACACCAUCAUCCCAGUCACGAUGUUUGUGAUGACGGUACUCCUGCUCUUCGCCACAACCCUCAUGCUGCCGGAGGAUUCAGACGCUUUACCGCCGAGCGACUUCCUGCGGGCUUUCCUAUGCGCACAGAAGAAAAUAAAACAGGGCUCAUGUUACUCGUGGGAAUGGGGAAGAGACUACCGAUCCAUUCCGUUUGCCAAGAGAGGAAUGGACCCCAAGCAACUGAAGGCGCUGUGCCUGCUACAGUAUGGACCCCGAGUCUGCGACUCACCCCUUCUCAACAUCAGAUUUCGGUGGCCUUCACAAAUGUACAAGAAAGCAGCUGACGAUGACCGCGUCAACAAGAAGUCGGCGGAGUGGGACUCGCCAAACUAAGGGGGCAUCAUUCAUGGCGGACACCAUCUAUAUCUUAACCGAGAUAUGUUCCCAGAGUUACUAGAACGACAUCUCAGAAGAGCCUUCCAGUCAAGGGCAGAAGAUUGGAUAUAGUGAUUGCGUGUCUUGUGAUUUCAUAGAUACGUUAUACGCUGCAAUCUAACGUCAUCGUUUACGAAGUAUUAUUUUUUCAAGUCAGUGGUGUAUAUUAUACUCAGGGCAUCUAUACUUCUUUGACAUUCAACAUAUAGAUGUUUCUCAAUGUUUAUUUGGAGCAGGUAUUAUAACUUGGCCGAGGUAGGAGCAACCGUUGAUUGAUUUAUACAAAGGGACAAAUAUCAGUAUGGGCACAUUGUAGGACAGGAAAGUAUAGCGUAUAGCAUUUCUUCACCGGUUGAAUCUGUUUAUUUGUUUAUUUGUAUUUACCAUUGAACACAAUGGAGGAGAAAACAGUGCAGGUGGCAUAAACCACCUCAGUGAAGGCAGUCUCCCCACACAGCAUACAGAAUGAAAGAUAGAAUAAAGAUAUACAUGCAAUAAUUGAAGUAAAAAAAGAAUAUUUGCCCAUCAGUACAUCCUAAAUAAUCAAACCAAAAUAUCGGUGUUUGCAUGAAAAAUAACGUGAUUUAUCACUUGUCGUCUAUGUAAUUUUUUUUAUUAUCGAUAUGGAUGAAGUGUUCUCGAGACUCGAAAUAUGAAGGGUUUAUGGAAAUGUUCGAGUGUGUACUUAUCAGUCAUUAGUGCAGAUGUCCAACUCAAUAAACCUACAUGAAGUGUAUGCAGCUUAAA